AUGGGAGAUUCCGAGAAGAAUUCAGCGAUGGCAGACACACAAGCUCAAUCUGCGGCCGAUGAAGGAGGAGCCGCUGUAGCUCCGGCGCACGAAGCUGGAGGAACAGACGCUCCUGUUGAAAAUAACGAGGUUCCUUCCACACCAGGAAAGUCGGAUGAUGGCGAUAAGAAGUCAUCAGCCGAGGAUACGGUGGCAACCGCUGCUGCCGACGAUGAUAAUGAUGACCCUACCAAAGCGAGUGGUGGCGGCGAGUCACCAUCCAAGCCAGCCGCCAUAGUGGCAUCCAGCAAAAAGGCCAGACCGCCUUACAAGUAUGACCCCGACAAGAUCACUCUGGUGUUCCUCUUUGCUGGCCGAGAUGGGCUGACAGUGACUGUAGAAUGCAAACCUGGAGAUACCGUUGGUGAAGUCAAGGGAGCGCUGUUGUCUGUAUGGCCAGAAGAUCUCCCGGACUGUGAAGGAGGGGACAAUGUACGGCUCGUUUGCAUGGGACUUGGAUUCCUCAUGCCAGAUACACGAACGUUGGAAGAUUGUCAAAUACCAGUGUUCAAAACACACCCAACACCCGUUAAUGUUGCGGUUAAACCAAGCGCUUCAGGUGGUGGAGGAGGAAGCAAGAAAGACUCUAAUAAGGAUACCGGAGGAUCAGGGAACAACAACAAUACCACUGAAAGCGCCGGUCCUGAGACCGAGCAGGCUAGCCAAGGCUGUGCAUGUACCAUUCUAUAG